UCUCACAACAGCUGAAGGUAACAGCUUUUCAGACUGAUAACAAUGCUUUCUUGUAGGACAUCUUCAAAAUGCUGCAGAUCUCUCUGCUCAGGAAACAGGUGAAUGUUACACAAGUUUUUUUUUUCCUUCACUUCUUGUGUCUUGGAGAAAUUUUAUUGCCAACCCAAUUCCACGCCCAAAAUAAAGAAGAAGACCCAGUAGAAGGAACUCAACCUGAAUAAUGAUGUUUACCAGCUCCUUGUGAUCAGCAGAGACUUCACAUCCCUAAACUUCAUGUGUGACCCGCAUACAAAUAUCCAAUAAACCCCUCAUCAAGCAGCACUGGAGAGGGGGGGGUGGGAAUUGCUGGACCUGGUUAUCCUCUCUUGGGAAUUACAACCUCACUGGCUGAUCAGGGUGGCUCGGGCACACAAGAAGGAUUUUAUUUAUUUAUGUUUUUGUGACACCUGGACCUGCAUCUCUACAAGCUGGGAUACCCAGGAUCCCCCAAUCUGGUUGCAGAAAGGGAGGAUACUGAUAGACUUGUGCAUCUGCCCUGAAGGUCAGCAAUACCGAAGAAUAUGAAUAGAAAGACCAGGCGCUGGAUUUUCCAUAUCUUUCUCAGCCUGGGGAUUGUCUAUAUUAAGAUAGGGGGGUUUUCUUCCGUGGUCGCGCUAGGAGCCAGUAUAAUCUGCAGUAAGAUUCCAGGUUUGGCUCCCAGACAGAGAGUUAUCUGUCAAAACAGACCUGAUGCUAUCAUAGUGAUCGGGGAAGGCGCUCAGAUGGGAAUCAGCGAGUGUCAGUUUCAGUUCAGACAUGGACGAUGGAACUGUUCUGCCCUGGGAGAAAGAACAGUCUUUGGAAAAGAAAUUAAAGUGGGAAGCAGAGAGGCUGCAUUUACAUACGCCAUUAUCGCUGCUGGAGUGGCUCAUGCGAUCACAACUGCCUGUACUCAGGGGAAUAUGAGUGACUGUGGUUGUGACAAAGAAAAACAAGGACAAUUCCACAGAGAUGAAGGGUGGAAGUGGGGAGGUUGCUCUGCUGACAUCAGAUAUGGAAUAGGGUUUUCUAAGGUUUUUGUGGAUGCCAGAGAAAUUAAGCAGAAUGCAAGAACACUCAUGAACUUACACAACAAUGAAGCUGGACGUAAGAUUCUUGAGGACAACAUGAAGUUGGAAUGCAAGUGUCAUGGUGUUUCUGGAUCGUGUACCACGAAGACAUGUUGGAAUACUCUUCCUAAAUUCCGGGAGUUGGGAUUUAUUCUAAAAGAAAAAUACAAUGAAGCUGUUCAAGUAGAGCCAGUUAAAGCAAGCAGGAACAAGCGUCCAACGUUCCUCAAAAUAAAAAAGCCACUGUCCUACCGCAAGCCAAUGGAAACAGAUUUAGUAUAUAUUGAGAAGUCUCCAAAUUAUUGUGAAGAAGAUCCUGUGACUGGCAGCAUGGGGACUCAAGGAAGAUUGUGUAACAAAACAGCUCAACACACAAGUGGCUGCGAUCUAAUGUGUUGCGGCAGAGGAUACAAUACACACCAGUACUCCAGGGUAUGGCAGUGCAAUUGCAAAUUCCACUGGUGCUGUUAUGUCAAAUGCAAUACAUGUAGUGAGCGGACUGAAGUAUUCACAUGCAAAUAAAAACAAAAAAAAGACCAAGUGAAGAAACUCUCUAAACCUUGAGAACUAAUGCCGUACAUUUGCACAAGAUAUAAACUCUAAUCAUGCUGGACUGUGCAUGACUACCUUUGAGAAUGUUUUACCUGUUUGACUACUUAAGAGGUUUCACAUUCUAAGACAGACAUGUAUUAUGCCAAUCACAAGUGAAUGCAGAAAAUCCGCAACCUCUGAAUAUGCUCUAUUCCAAACUAAGGAAAAGUUUAUCAAGACUUCCUGUUUCUACAAAAUGUACCAUUAAAGUCUAAGUGACCUUUUUGUAGAUGUACUUUGAUAAGCUUUUAAAGAGGAUUAGAAUAAGCCACAGAGAUAUAAACCAUUAGUGAGAAAAUAGACAAAUAAUAAGCAAUCUCUGUGUGUGAAACUUAUACAAAGAGUAUGAGCUAACAAAGGACACUAGUGUGAAUUUCAAUUUAGAGUGUGAAUUAUUCAGCUAUAAAUUGUGAAAAAUCAUAUACUUUAUCUUAUUUUCAUUCUCACGAAACUGGCUUUUAUCAGUCUACGUGUUUGAAAUAUCCAUAGACACUGGUCUUGCUCUUUUUUAUUUUUGGCACAGGGACUUUAAAUAUUAGUAACAAUAUUUAACGAUUAUAUAUUAGAUUAAACUAAUAUUUAUUUAAUGGAGGAAAUAUACUGCCAUUUUGGAAAAAAAAAUACCCUACUUUCUUUUUAGAAAGUCAAGACGUUUGAAAACUGGAGAUAAAUAUAUAAAAUAAUUAUGCAGAAAUGUCGUAUAGUUGUACACACAAGAUACUUGUUGAUUAAAGGAGAAAAGCAGACCUCUUUUUUUCUGAAAUAUUGCUAUGCUGUUUGCUGCUAGUUGUCUGGAUUAAUGAAUUUACUUAUUAGCUCAGUAUUUCAAUGUCUAAAGGAAAAUAUCUUUUUUUUCUUCAAUUAAACAAUCUGAAUUCCAUAAAAAUGUCAAUGGGACCCUCCAGACAUAAUUUCCAUGUUUUUGAAAAAAAAAUGGACCAUAGGAUUAAAGAAUAUAUUUUGUAAUAGACUAUUUUUAUAUGAAUAUUUUAUUUAUACUGUGUCUGCUUGUAUAAUUCUAUAACAUACUUUUUAAAGAACACAAGGUAUCCAAUUUGUUAUUUUUUAGGUAUAUAAGCUGACUUUCUUAAAAUUUGGCAUAACAGCAGCAAACCGUAUUUUAUCAUUCCAUUGUAAUCAGAAAGUUGAUCAUGCCCAUUUUUUCCCUUUAUUUAAUUUAACCGUUUAGAAUGUGCGUCUUCCUAAAGUUCCAUUUUCAAAAUGCAGAUAUAUAGCAAGUAACGGUCACUUCAUCACUUGUAGAAUAGUCAUUUAAAUAAUUGCUCACUUAGAGCAUUGGGAACAAACAAUUAGGAAUUUGCUUCCCACAUGCGUCAGUCAGUAAAAUGUGGCGUUGUUAUUAGCAAAUGUGCUGUGUGUGCUAUCCAGUAAAUCUUAUAUUGUGGCACUGUCAAAUUUGAUUUUAUCAGUGAGAGACUGUAGACUGUUAAAACUACAGUAGCAUGAUUUACAUUGUCUGAUUAUCACAGAUAGCGCACAAAGCAUCUAGAUUUGAAUUGCCCUUCUCCCCUUUAGUCCUACAAAUACAAAUCUAAUAUAAAAAAUACAUUUCAGCUUUACAUUUGCAACUAAUAUUAAAACAACGCAUUAUUGAUAAGCCCUUUUUUAUGUUUAAUGUAAGCAGUAUUAGACCAGUAUAUACCUGUUUUGUUUGUCAAAAUAGACUUUAGAUUAAAUUAAUUUAUUGUCAGACUACUGAAUUGAUAAAAAAAGAAAUAUUUUUUAUAAAGAUUUUUUUCUUCUUGUUUUAUGAACUACUGAAAACAUAAUGCUUGUGUUUCAAAUGGAUGCCACUGGAAAAAAAAAUAUGUUCUGGUUUGAAAAAUACUACUGAAUGCAUUGUAUUUUGCCAUGAAGAUGCAUUACACAACAAAAAUCCCGUACCAAACAGAUAUCUUUGUUAAUCAGUACUAUGUUUUUUAAUUUAUAGAACCGGUUAUUAAAACUUGCUUAUUCGAGGACCUUAUUAUUAUUUUUUUAAUACAUUGGUGAUAUGCCGUGUGAAAGCAAUAUACUAUCAACUCCUCAGUCCAGUUUAGUCUCAAUAAAAAUUGGAUCUGAAA